GGAUUACGUUCUUCCCACUUGAUUUCAUCUAUAAGUAGUCUCAUUGGUGUAGUGGGAUCGCAUCAAACAACUCUACAUAUAUAUAUCGAGCUUUACUGUCUACUUCCAGACCAAAUACUUCUGCAACUUAGAUCAAGAAUUCUAGUACGAGAUGUCGAGCACUGCUGGUCAAGUCAUCAAGUGCAAAGCUGCUGUUGCAUGGGAACCCGGGAAGCCACUGGUGAUUGAGGAGGUGGAGGUGGCGCCGCCGCAGAAAAUGGAGGUCCGGUUGAAGAUUCUUUUCACAUCCCUUUGCCACACUGACGUCUACUUCUGGGAAGCCAAGGCUCAAGACUCUGUCUUUCCACGAAUUCUCGGACACGAAGCAGCAGGGAUCGUGGAGAGCGUAGGAGAAGGUGUGACGGAACUCGCUCCAGGUGAUCACGUUCUCCCAGUAUUCACAGGGGAAUGUGGAGAAUGUGCUCACUGCAAAUCCGAAGAUAGCAAUAUGUGUAGCCUGCUUAGGAUCAACACCGAGAGGGGAGUGAUGCUCAACGACGGGAAAACAAGAUUUUCAAUUAAUGGGAAACCCAUUUACCAUUUCGUUGGCACAUCGACAUUCAGUGAAUACACUGUAGUUCAUGUUGGUUGUGUUGCCAAAAUCAAUCCCCUUGCUCCUCUCGACAAAGUUUGUGUAUUAAGCUGCGGGAUAUCCACAGGUCUUGGUGCUACACUGAAUGUUGCCAAACCAACGAAGGGUUCAUCCGUGGCUGUCUUCGGACUUGGGGCUGUUGGUCUUGCUGCUGCAGAAGGAGCCAGAUUGGCCGGUGCAUCACGAAUAAUCGGUGUGGACCUGAACUCUGGCAGAUUUGAAGAAGCAAAGAAGUUUGGCGUGACUGAAUUUGUAAACCCAAAAGACUACGACAAACCAGUUCAAGAGGUGAUAGCUGAGAUGACUGAUGGAGGAGUGGAUCGGAGCGUUGAAUGCACCGGAAACAUCAAUGCCAUGAUCUCAGCCUUUGAAUGCGUUCACGAUGGGUGGGGUGUUGCUGUUCUCGUCGGUGUGCCUCACAAAGACGCCGUCUUCAAGACUCAUCCGAUGAAUUUCUUGAACGAGAGGACUCUAAAGGGAACUUUCUACGGUAACUAUAAACCGCGCUCUGAUAUUCCAUCCGUCGUAGAAAUGUACAUGAAGAAGGAACUUGAAGUGGAGAAGUUUAUAACCCAUGAAGUGGGAUUCGCGGAGAUAAACAAAGCUUUUGAACUGAUGCUGAAAGGUGAAGGCCUUCGUUGCAUCAUCAGAAUGGAAUGAAUGAGAGAAUGACCUGAAGCUCAAACAGCCUCUCGUUAAUAAUGAACUACACUAUUACAGUGUUUCUCAUGUCCAGAGAUGUCUGAUACCUUGACUUGAGUGUUGCUUUUCCUCUUCACGUUGUAUUAAUGUAAAAAUAAAGUUAAAUGUCAUAAUUAUUAUGUAUUGUAAUAUCAUAAUGUUGGUAUAAAGGUUAUUUUUCCAUUUUCCAUCCA